UCAGGAGCAGUGUGUGUGCAUGUGAUUUCUUGUAUGUGUGGGUGUCUAAGCAGUGAGAUGCUCUGAGCCCACACGUAUUGGAGGUGGGCUGCAGUGUGUGCAUGUGUGUGUGUUGCGGAUUUUGAUCUCACCUGUUGGAGCAAGAGGAGGACGUGCACUGGAUGUCCACGGAUGAUGGAGAGAUGAGAGAGGGAGGGAGAGACCACGCCAUCCUGACACCAAGGAAUGGUGAUGAGAGUGUCGUUACGCAGCCCUGUCUGUUGUACCCUCUGGACUCUGAAAUGGACAGCAGUACGGGGUCCGAGUCGUCUGAUGUUCGCCAUGACGACAAAGAGGAAGUCCUUGGUGGACUGUUUCUACCAGGAAACAGUUCAAGUCAGCUUGUCUCGUCGGCAGCAGCGUCUGUAAUUUCAGCGGAGGAGCAGUUUGAAGAUUACGGAGAAGGAGAAGAUGUGGAUUUUAUUCCUAGUAGCCCCUGUGCUGAUGAUGACACACGGACUAAUGGAUUUUCUGACCUGGGCUCCUCACUGCCUUCCAGUGCUGGACAUACGCCUCAAAAAAUCCGACACUUUUACAACAGUGAGCUGCUGGAUGUUUACUGCUCUCAAUGCUGUAAGAAAGUGAACUUGCUUAAUGACCUUGAGGCUCGACUUAAAAAUCUCAAAGCCAACAGCCCAAACAGGAAGAUCUCCAGCACAGCUUUUGGACGACAGCUUUUCCAUCACAGUAAUUUCAGCAGUAGUCAUGGCAGCACUGAGGACUUAUUCCGUGACAGCAUCGACUCCUGUGAUAUUGACAUCACUGAGAAGGUAAGUUACCUGGAGAAGAAGGUGACAGAGCUGGAGAAUGACAGCAUGGCAAACGGAGACCUGAAAUCCAAACUGAAACAGGAUAACACGCAGCUGGUUCACAGAGUACAUGAGCUGGAGGAGCAGAUUAAGGACCAGGAGGCACGAGCAGAGCAAAGUUUGGAGGAGGAGCUGAAGAGACACCGGGAGAUUUUCAGUAAGAUGGAGAAAGACAAGAGCAACCAAAUAGAGCUCCUCUCGAACAGAGUCCAGCAGCUAGAGGAGGAGAACUCUGAGAUGAAGGUAAACGUUUGCCGAUUAAAGUCUCAGACUGAGAAACUGGACCAGGAGAAGCAGCGCAUGACUGAUAAACUGGAAGACACGAGCCUGCGUCUAAAGGACGAGAUGGAUCUGUAUAGGAAGAUGAUGGACAAACUGUGGCAGAACCGACAUGAAUUUCAGAAAGAACGAGAGGCCAUGCAGGAAUUGAUAGAGGACCUGCGUCGGGAACUGGAGCAUCUGCAGCUGUUUAAGUUGGAAACAGAAAAACCAGGACGUGGCAGAAACGCUCUGUCUGAAUUCAGCGCUAGGACACGCGAGAUCGAGCUUGAGCACGAAGUCAAACGCUUGCGACAGGAAAACCACAAACUACGGGACCAGAAUGAUGAUCUGAAUGGACAGAUUCUCAGUCUCAGUCUGUAUGAGGCUAAAAACCUGUUUGCUUGCCACACUAAAGCUCAGAGUCUCGCUACCGAGAUUGACAACGCUUCCAGAGAUGAGCUGGUCGAGGCUUUGAAGGAACAGGAGGAAAUCAAUUUCCGCCUGCGGCAGUACAUGGAUAAGAUCAUCCUGGCUAUACUGGACCACAAUCCCUCCAUCCUGGAAAUCAAGCACUAGAGCUGUCCUGAAGAAGGAAAGGUUGGCAUUUUGUGCCACCUUGUGGCUGGGGGAAUGAGGCACACCCACAUCUGUAUCAGGAUCACACACUGAUGAGAUGAAUAAAAGAAAACCAAAACAAACGAUUCAUCUAGAACAUAAUGUAAAAUGUAUUCUUCAUCAUGCACUCAAUAUUGUGUACACACACUUCACUCGGGUAUAAUGGUCAGUUUGCACUGAGAACUGUUUGGAUUGCAGCUGUUAUCUCGUACUGCUCCAUAUCAUUGUUCUUCAUAAAAAUCAGUCCAGGAUGGUUGGUGGUUAUUGGCUGAAAGCAGCAGGGACCAAAAAAAAAAAAAAAAAAAUCAGCUAACCAUAUAGCACCUUUACCGGUGUCUCUUCUCGAACGUUUUUUUUUUUUUAAACUGAACAGUUUUAUUUGGCUGGUUCAUGUCUCUGCUCAUACAGAUUUAACCAGUUAACACAAUGAACCAAUAUUAAACACUUAAACGACAACAUUGUUCUCAUUAUCAUCACUCAAACUGCAACUACCACCUGCCUUUUAGUGCCAUCUGAUUUUUUACUACGUCAGCAUGCACAGGACUGUGUAGUCUCAGUCUAACCCCUGUAAAUAAAACCAUAGUCUAGUUGUACGAUAUUUAGUGUACCUCUAGAACACCAUGUUGUUGCACUCUAAAAUAUGUCACAUUAGAGAGAAAUAUGAUUUAUCUCAUGCUGUCUUGAGGUUUUUAAGAGUUUAGGAUCUGUUGUAAAAUGUAUAGAAAUGAAUCUGCUCCUAUUUAAAGAAAAAAAACGAGCUUUGCUGGUUCACUGAAACAGCACAAGCUUCAUGUCCGUGUAUGAGAGGAACAUACUGAGCCAUAAUCAGUUCUUAGAUAUUCUAUUAUUAUUAUUAUUAUUAGACAGGGUUCUUUUGCAGCUUAUUCGCGAUGAGAAAGGUUUGGGCCCCUGAGAUUACUGCACAUGCCUGUGUGUGUCAUGUACAUGGAAUAGACCUUUGGGGAAAUGCGAUUUCUGUUCUCUGGCAAUAACGAAAUGCUGAAGGUUCGCCAUCAUGCUAUACAGAGUCAUUCAAAGGAGAGGAUGCAUAGACAGUGUAGCUGAUGUCCCUAAACAGACUGAUGUCCUUCAUGGGUCUAAACUAAACUAAAAUUAAAUUUAAAAAAUAAAAUAUUUUGUCUCAAACACAACAAUGUUGGAUAGUAGUAGUAGUAGUCUCAUCUCAUUAUCUCUAGCUGCUUUAUCCUGUUCUACAGGGUCGCAGGCAAGCUGGAGCCUAUCCCAGCUGACUACGGGCGAAAGGCGGGGUACACCCUGGACAAGUCGCCAGGUCAUCGCAGGGCUGACACAUAGACACAGACAACCAUUCACAUUCACACUUACGGUCAAUUUAGAGUCACCAGUUAACCUAACCUGCAUGUCUUUGGACUGUGGGGGAAACCGGAGCACCCGG